UCUGCUGUCAGGGAGGGUUCCUGCACAGUCCGGUAGCUGUAGAGUGUGUCGCCGUCCUCAGAGAUGUUUUCGGGAACUUUUUACGCGUUAUUAGCGGGUUUUCUGGGUGCCGCUGCCUCCCUGUCCGCUAAGCUGUCUCUGGGAGCGGACUACCUGAGGGAGAUGUGUGAGUCCGGGCUGAGCUUAGGCAGGACGGGACCCUCCGCCUGUGACUGGCUCCACAUCCCCCUGCGGCUGCUGUGUGGAGGUCUGCUGUUCAUCUGUAAUGCUGUCAUGUGGACCUUUUUCUCCAAGGCUCUCCGACUCUGCUCCUCUUCAGCCAGGGCCACCGUCACCACCACCGCAUCUAACUUCAUCUCCUCUGGCCUGCUGGGGAGGCUCAUCUUUGGAGAGUCCCACGCAGCUCUGUGGUGGAUGGGAAUCUCUCUCACUCUGUGUGGACUUCUGGUGCUUCACGGUUCCACACCUCAGACUCUCUCACAGGAGGACAAAAAGGACAAGUGAUGUAGUAUUUGGCUUGUUAGAAGGGUGCAUCCCCUGCUAUUGAGUCACACAGAGCAGCCGAGCCUGUUGCUGUGGCUGGCUGGGUCAUUGAGAUGUGCAGGUUUGGGGGCAGUUUAAUGUAAAAUCUUUUUUUUCCUCCUGAAUUCCAUUAAAAUUUUGAAUUUUUUCAGAUUUUUUUCACAGCAAAUGUGCUUCACGUCACAUCUUUUUCUGGAGUUUCAACAGCACUUUCUUCGUAUCAGCAGGGAGUGAUGUUGAAACUUUGAUUUCAGAGUAAAUGUAUGAUUUUUUUUUUGUACUUGUAUCAGAAUUACCAACAGUCUGUCACAAAGUUGUGAUCACUUUUUAUUGUUACCAUUUUUACAAAACACAGGUUAGAGGUUGGGUUUUAGUGUGAUACAUAUUCCAAACCACACAGUGCUGUUUUGUGAACUUCCAAGAUAACUGUAACUGUGAGCAGGAUUUACAUUUUCAGUUUAUACUAUUUAUUCCAAUCAUGUUAGAGCAUUCAAACUCCACAUAGAGUUUAUAUAGAGAAAGAUUUCUCAUUUCAGAAUCACAGGAAUUUAGUAUUUUGAGUUGAAUGAUGGGACUUUACUUUGGCAGCACCUUGUGGUAGUUUAAAAGAAUGACAUUGCAAUAGACUGCUCACCCAAAAAAAUAAAUGUGGAGAAAAGAAAGCUUGGAUCACCUACACGUACGAAAUAAUACCAUCAAGCUUUCAGGGUUUAAAGCUGCUCUGCUCAGGGUCUUUUGAUUGCUACUUAUAUGUGAACUGAACCAAAGGGGCAAAGAUUUUCCUCUGAAAGAUGAACUGAAAUAUUCCUGCUGCUGUGUGGAAACACUCAGGUCAUUUAUUGCAAACCUUUUGGCAGUAAAGUGUGAUGUUUCCUCCAAUGAUAACAGAACUAUGUACACUACCAGUCAAACAUCUGGACACACCUUCUCAUUCAGUGCUUUUUAUUUAUUUGUAUUAUUUUAUACAUUGUAGAUUAAUACUGAAGAUGAACACUUUUUUGUUUACAACAUAAUUCCAUAUGUAUUCUUUUAUAGUUUUGAUGUCUUCAGUAUUAAUCUACAAUGUAGAAAAUAAUUAAAUAAGACCACUGAAUGAGAAGGUGUGUCCAGUCUUUUAACUGGUAGAAUAUACAGGCCUGUCUCCUUCCAGCUCCACCGGCUGCAGUGGUCAACUCUUGUUCAAGGCAUCAGAAACAGGAAUGGCACAAUAUAAUGCACUCUAAGAAUUGAACAAGUGAACUUUGAGUUAAAAGAAUGGAAACUGCUGGGAAAUAAGCUUUUCUGCUUUCUUAGAAAUAAUGAGAAGUUUGAUCCCACUUUAGUAAAUAAAAGGCUGCAACAAGCCAAUCGUUAGCCUAGCUUAGCAUUAAGUAUGGGGGAAAUUCAAGAUUUUAAUCAGAUAUAACGUGUUCAUCAGUGAGCUUUAGAAGUGCUGGUAGCUAGAAAUAGUUCCACAGAGCUGAGCUAACUGGUUUCCUGUUUUAUGCUGACCGAAGCUAACCUGCUAGUAGCUGUAGCUUAAUAUUUAACACAGAAUACAAGAAGAAUCAAUCUUCUCAUUCAAGUCUCAGCAAUAAAGCGACUAUGGGUUUUUCACUGAAUGUUGAACUAUUCCUUCAGAUUAUUCUUCAGGAAUUUUGUCUUAAAUAGACAGCAGAGUAUUUUUUUCAUUUAAUCUGUCAAAAAAAUCAGCAACUCAAGGCAGCCUGAAACAUUUGCUGCUAAUGUGUAAAUUUUCAUUUUUAAUACGUGUAAAUACUAAAGAUGUCAAACUGUGCUGAUAUAUUUGUAAUAAAUGGAUUCAGUUCUCA